AUGUGGUUCGAGAUUCUGCCCGGGAUCGGUGUCAUGGCCGUGUGCUUGGUCAUCCCCGGCAUAGCCACUGCGCACAUCCACAGGUUCUGUAACGGGGGCAAGGAAAAAGGGGUUGCCUAUUAUCCAUAUCAUUGGAGUUUGAUGCAAAGAGAUAAGCGCAUCUCUGGAGUUAAUCGUUACUGUGUGUCAAAGGGUUUGGAGAAUAUUGAUUAAAGAAGCC